AAUCUCAUGAAACCAUGUAAGCCACACUUGCAGCUGAUAAAUACUGCUGAGCUUCAGCCUGUGUGUGUUUGUGUGCAGCCCUCUGGUCCUGUAGCUUUAACAGAAAGGUACGUCCUGCAGGUUGAUAACCAUGAAAUAAGGCUUUAUUGAAAAUGCACAGUGAGAGCCAGACUUCAGUGAAAUACUAUGUUGGAAUUGAUGUUGGAUCAGCAAGUGUUCGUGCUGCUCUGGUAGAUGAGUUUGGGACAGUAGUGAUGCACGCAGAACAACCAAUACAAAUCUGGGAACCUCAACCAGACCACUAUGAACAAUCCUCUACUGACAUAUGGGCUGCUUGUUGUGCAGUCACCAAGAAAGUCAUCUGUGGUGUUGAUGCCAGCCAGAUUCGAGGGAUUGGAUUUGAUGCUACGUGCUCCCUUGUUGUCGUGGAUAAAAAGUUCCAACCUUUGGCAGUCAACUCACAAGGGCAAAAUAACAGGAAUGUUAUUAUGUGGAUGGACCAUCGUGCCGUCAGUCAAGUAGACCGCAUCAAUGCAACGCAACACAGGAUUUUGAGAUAUGUUGGGGGAGUGAUGUCUGUGGAAAUGCAGCCUCCUAAGUUGUUGUGGAUAAAGGAAAACUUACAAGAGUCAUGCUGGGAGAAAGCAGGCUACUUCUUUGAUCUUCCGGAUUUCUUAUCUUGGAAAGCCACAGGUGUCACUGCAAGGUCCUUAUGUACACUAGUGUGCAAGUGGACGUACGCUUCAGAUGGAGGUUGGGAUGACAGUUUCUGGAAGAUAAUUGGCUUAGAAGAUUUGGUGAAGGAUAAAUAUGAAAAAAUAGGAAACCACGUCUUGUCUCCUGGAGAGUCUGUUGGAAAAGGUCUAACGCCAGAAGCUGCAAAAGAACUCGGUCUCCCCGAAGGGAUUGCAGUAGCAGCAUCUCUCAUUGAUGCACAUGCUGGAGGACUAGGAGUAAUUGGAGCAGAUGUGAGAGGACAUAACCUGCCAUGUGAAAACCAGCCAAUUACAUCACGAGUUGCUCUGAUCUGUGGAACAUCUUCGUGCCACAUGGGGAUCAGUGAAACACCCAUUUUUGUUCCUGGUGUUUGGGGACCUUAUUUCUCUGCCAUGGUACCUGGAUUGUGGCUGAAUGAAGGAGGUCAGAGUGCUACAGGAAAGCUGAUAGAGCAUGUGGUCCAAGGCCAUGUUGCCUUCCCGGAAUUACAAUCCAAAGCUGCAGCCAGUGCUCAAAGUAUAUAUACAUACUUGAACAGUCACCUGGAUCUGAUUAAGAAAUCCUUGCCUGUGGGUUUCCUCACUGUUGAUUUACAUGUUUGGCCAGAUUUCCAUGGAAACAGAUCUCCCUUAACAGAUCUGACACUAAAGGGCAUGGUUGUCGGACUGACGCUCUCUCGGGGUCUGGAUGAACUUGCCCUUAUCUACUUGGCCACGAUUCAAGCAAUUGCUUUAGGAACAAGACAUAUUUUGGAAGCUAUGGAGGCUGCAGGCCAUCAUAUCAACACCCUGUUCCUGUGUGGUGGGCUGAGCAAGAACCCUCUCUUUGUGCAGAUGCAUGCUGACAUUACUGGUAAGCUACAGGAAGUUUGGGUAAAGGAGUGUCAACUGCUUUAUUAUUGUAGGUGGCCAAGUGCCUCAUCUCUGGAAAAAUAAAUACUUCCUUUAUAU